AAAGAGAGGAAAAAAAAAAGCAAAAGAGAGAGAGUGCGAGAGAGAGAGAGAGAAACAGAGAGAGAGUGCUUUAAAUGCUUCACUGACUCACCGUUGCCGGAAACUUCAAUUCCCCCCACUUUUCACGGCGACUUUUCUGGCGUCGCCCUUCUCGAAAAGUCUCCCUUACUCCUUCACCUCCGGCUGUCUCAUUCCCGGCGGAAAUCUCAAAACCAGCAGAGCUGACAUUCUUCGCUUCCUUCCUUCAGUCUCAGAUCGAGAGCUCUUUUUAACUAUUUCGAAGUCCAUUUCAGUUCGCUUGUUUAGCUUUAGUACCAACAUUUGCGGGAGGGAGGACAUUUGUUUUUCUCAUAAUAACUGCUUUAUUCCAGUUACGGAGUUGUCUAACAUCGCCAUUUUUAAGGUUCGUUGUAGCGCCAUUGCUCCUUCGCUUGAAACGUGAGUUGUGAUGGAAAUAUAAGAGGGGGCAUUGGAAUUGUAUUUGUUGAAGUGGGGAUUGAAAUGAGAAGGCUUCUGCUGUGUUGUGGUUUGGCACUUAUCUUGGUUGUUUUAUACCCCAUUUCUGUGAAUGGCUUAAGUCCGUCAAUGAAUGACGAUGUUUUAGGACUGAUUGUAUUCAAGGCUGAUGUUCAAGAUCCACAAGGAAAAUUGGCGUCCUGGAAUGAAGAUGACGAGAGUCCCUGUAUCUGGAAUGGUGUCCAAUGCAACCCCAGAUCCAAUCGGGUCUCUGAGCUUGUUCUUGACGGGUUCUCUCUUUCAGGAAAACUAGGCAGAGGCCUUCUUCAACUCCAAUUUCUUCAUAGGCUUUCCCUGGCAGACAAUAAUCUUACAGGCAGCUUAAGCCUCAGCCUUGGCCAGCUUCCUAACCUCAGGACUGUAGAUUUGAGUGGUAACAGUUUAUCUGGACCGAUUUCAAGUGAUUUCUUUCAGCAAUGUGGGUCUUUAAGAUCGUUAUCUUUGGCUAAAAACAAGUUUUCGGGUCAAAUUCCUGCAAGUUUGAGCUCGUGCUCAAUGCUUACUUCCCUGAAUAUCUCAUCCAAUCAAUUUUCAGGGCAGUUACCCGCGGGGGUGUGGUCUAUGCGUGCUCUUAGAACGCUUGAUCUGUCUGACAAUAUGCUGGAGGGUGAGAUUCCCAAGGGCAUUGAAGGUUUGACCGCUUUGAGAGCACUAAACUUGCGUAAGAAUAAGUUUGUUGGUGAAAUUCCUGAUGGAAUUGGAGGUUGUAUAAUGUUGAGGUCAAUUGAUUUGAGUGAAAAUUCUUUGUCAGGAGCGCUUCCCGGCUCAAUGCAGAAGCUUACCUUAUGUAAUGAUCUAAGUUUACAGAUUAAUGCAUUUACAGGCAACAUGCCAGAUUGGAUUGGAGAAAUGAGAAGCCUUGAGGCACUGGAUCUCUCUGAAAAUAACUUUUCAGGUGGGCUUCCAAGUUCAAUUGGCCAACUUCGCUCGUUAAAGCAGUUAAACAUAUCCACCAACACCUUUAGUGGCAUCCUGCCUGAUUCUAUGAGCGGCUGUGUAAACCUUUUGGUAUUAGAUGUUAGUCACAACUCUUUGAGUGGCAACAUUCCUUCUUGGAUUUUCAGAUUGGGUUUACAGCAACUUAUAUUUUCAGAAAAUAGAUUGAGCGGGACUAUGGACAAUGCUUUUGCUGCAUCAAUGGAAAAUUCUCGCCAAAAGGUUGUUGCUUUGGAUAUCUCGCACAACAAUUUAUCUGGUGAAAUUCCUCUAGCCAUUGGGGUUUUUAGUAGCUUGCAAGUUUUAAAUUUGUCCAAAAACUCACUGAUUGGUGGCAUUCCAUCAAAUAUUGGAGAACUGAAGUUGUUGGAUAUACUUGAUUUGAGUGAGAAUCAAUUAAAUGGUAGCAUCCCUUUGGAAAUUGGACGAGCUACAUCUCUUAACAAACUGAUCCUUGAGAAGAAUUUUUUGGCUGGAAAUAUUCCUACAUCGAUUGGCAACUGUUCUAUGUUAACCUCCCUGUCACUGUCACAGAACAAUCUGACAGGCCCUGUACCUGCAGCCGUAGCUAAACUUGCGUACCUGCAGUAUGUGGAUUUGUCUUUUAACAAACUCAUUGGAACCCUUCCAAAGCAGUUGGCAGAUCUUGGCCGCCUUCUUUCCUUCAACAUUUCACACAACCAGCUACAAGGUGAACUACCAGCCGGGGCUUUUUUCAAUACCAUAUCUCCAUCCUCAGUAUCAGGCAAUCCAGGACUUUGUGGUGCUUCAGUCAAUAGAACCUGCCCUACUGUCCUCCCAAAACCUAUUGUACUUAAUCCCAACUCUUCUGAUUCCCCUCCGGGCUCAAUUCCUGAAAAAUUCGGUCAUGAAAAAAAAAUUCUCAGCAUUUCUGCCCUGAUUGCCAUUGGUGCAGCCGUUGUGAUUGUCGUUGGCGUAAUUGCUAUCACUGUGCUCAAUCUUCGUGUACGCUCUUCUGCAUCUCGUUCUGCAGCUGCUCUCACGUUUUCUGGGGGUGAUGAAUUCAGUCAUUCUCCUAGUACAGAUGCCAAUUCAGGCAAACUUGUCAUGUUUUCUGGUGAUCCUGAUUUCAGUACGGGGACGCAUGCUCUGCUCAACAAGGACUGUGAGCUUGGACGGGGUGGAUUUGGAGCUGUCUACAGGACUGUUCUUAAAGAUGGGCGCUCAGUUGCCAUUAAGAAACUUACUGUCUCGAGCCUAGUCAAGUCGCAGGAUGAUUUUGAAAGGGAAGUUAAAAAAUUGGGGAAAGCUCGUCAUUCUAAUCUUGUGACGCUUGAAGGUUAUUACUGGACUUCAUCACUUCAGCUUCUUAUAUAUGAGUUUGUUUCCGGUGGAAAUUUGUACAAGCGCCUUCACGAAGGAUCUGGCGGAGACUACCUGUCGUGGAACGAGAGGUUUAAUACGAUUCUUGGGACUGCCAAAAGCUUGGCUUACUUGCACCAAAUGAACAUUAUACACUACAAUUUGAAGUCAAGCAAUAUCCUGAUUGACAGCUCAGGUGAGCCCAAAGUUGCUGACUAUGGAUUAGCCAGGUUGCUGCCCAUGUUAGAUCGAUACGUUUUGAGUAGCAAGAUUCAAAGUGCACUUGGUUACAUGGCACCUGAAUUUGCUUGCAAAACUGUGAAGAUAACUGAGAAGUGUGAUGUGUAUGGAUUCGGGGUUCUGAUUCUGGAAAUAGUCACGGGGAAGAGACCGGUUGAGUACAUGGAAGACGAUGUGGUAGUACUUUGUGACAUGGUCAGAGGAGCACUGGAAGAAGGCAGGGUGGAGGAAUGUGUUGACGGGAGGCUGCAGGGGAAGUUUCCGGCCGAGGAAGCAAUUCCAGUAAUGAAAUUGGGAUUGAUUUGUACAUCUCAGGUGCCUUCAAACAGACCGGACAUGGCAGAAGUGGUCAAUAUAUUGGAACUGAUUAGAUGUCCUUCUGAAAGCCAGGAUGAUGAAUUGGGAUGAGUUUAGUAGAAUUUCAAACUUCAAAAAGAGUGUGUUAGUGAUAGCUUGUCCGGGGAGAACGAAUCCGGUUUUGUUAUCUGACUAUAAGAAAAUCUUCUUCUUAGAGAUUCUUUAGUCUCUUGUUGUUUUUAGGCAUCUCUUGACCCUUUAGUUGCAUAUUUGCAAUCUCUCCUCUUUUGUUCCGUUCAAUCACCGGAUUCAUUUUCGCCGGGUUACUAUUUAGUGUCCCAUGGGAUGUCACAUUACUUUUUCCUAUUGGCUUCCUACCUCAUCUUCAUCUCUAACUUUUGGAGCUUGUUUUGUUUAUUUAUUUAUUUUUGGGUUCUGCAAAUAAAUGUCAAACAAGAUGUAUCCUCA